AUGGCAUCCGAUACUACAGACAAACCCGCAAUCUCCAGCGACAACAAGUUGAUCGGAAACAACGACCUAUCAGUUGAAAAUGACGAACCGGCUCAAAGUAGCGACGCAAUAGCCGAGAGAAGCGACGGAACCAAUCCAGAGAUUGUCACAAAUUUCUUUCAUUAUAUCACCCAAAAACAAGCCGACGUGGUAUCAGACAUCAUUGCCAAUGGAUUUGUCUCUCCAGACACGCCAAAUGAUCGAGGCGAAACACCCCUCAUAACGGCAGUCAGCAACAAUGACGCAGCCAUGGUACGCCUUUUGGUCUCGCUUGGAGCAACAAUCGAUGGGUACGGCUCCUACUCUCAGUAUGAAGACAACCAUCGGACAAAAGUUGAGCGAACUCCUCUCCAAGUUGCAGCCGCUGAAGGCAAGCUUGGCAUUGUCAAGAUAUUGCGCGAGCUCGGUGCCGACGACUCGCUCAUCGCUCCAGAUGGCGCAAUGGCUCUUCGCCUAGCUGCUGAAAACGGCCAUCGAGAAGUGGUUGAGCAUCUCCCAACUCGGCGCGGCGGUGCUUGGAAGAGAUGGAAGGUGACGCACGAGAAACAGAUGCGGCGCAUUCGUCGCAUCUUGGAGAAGAUUGGAUCGGUCUUCAAGUUUCUCUUGUGGACUGUCCCCAAGUUUCUUCUCUGGACAGUUCCGAAGCAUAUUAUUAAGACGGUGCCCAAGGCUAUUUUUGUGACUAUACCAAGGGAAAUCUGGCAGCGUAGACACAAGGUAGGACCUUGGUGCAAGCGGCAAAUUACCAAGUUCCCUAGCCGUGUGAAGAGGGCGGCCAAACUUGCCGGUGAUGGGAUCAAAGACGCGGGAAAGACCAUCCAAAAGAUACCGGGAAAGAUAUGGCAGAUCUUGAAGCGCAUACCUGGCGCUAUCUGGACCAUUAUAUCAUGGAUUGGCAAAGGGCUUGGCAAGGUUGGCACCGCAGCUUUUAAUAUCCUGAAGCGAGUAGCCUCAUUGAUACAUACGACGGUUCAAGCUAUGGUGGGAUUCUUCCAGGCCAUCACCCUGGAUGAUAUUGCCAAUGGUUUCCGGGCCAUUCUCCGGGCGAUAUUCAUCGAUUUUCCAAAAGCUGCUGCAUACCUUGCCACAACUUUUGGGGAGACGAGUCUCAAAGUUCUCGGAUAUGUGCUGGGCUCCUUUGGGAAAGGAAUAUUUUAUGCGUUUGCUCUGGUAUUCUUGCUUCUUCGCCGGCUGCCUAGGAAGGUUUGGCAGAUGCUCGUGGCUUGUGUGGUUUCGAUGGGGAAGGGAGUAGAGGAGUUGUUGGUAUGGAUCAAUCCAAAGAGAAUGCAAUUCAGAAAGGGGAAAUGUGAUUGUGCCGUCAGAUGA